AUGCAGGAAAACGAUAGUUCCUGCAGUCGCCAAAGCAGUGCGUGCGGUACUGUUUUAGGUUCCAGUGUUGCAUCUGACGCAUCUAAUGAUGUAAAGAAUUCUUUGCCUCUCGUGAACCAGCAAUCUAUCUCCCUGGUCGGACCCCCAGUCGAAUCUCUGGACGACACCAGUCCAGCAGAAUUAUUGGUAGCAGCAAGCAACUGCGACGUGAAAGCAGCAUCGACGGACUACGAGCCGCACCUGUCGCAGAUCGACGGACCCUGCGAUGCAGAAGAUGAGUCCCUCACUCCGUUUGACAAACGACCAUCAUACCUGCAAAUCUCCCGUCGUCUUCAGAGUAUUCGUACCUUGCCCGCCUUGGUCGCUUGCUUCUCUUCACUGAUUAUCACUUCAGCCAUAUGCGGAGCCGAGAUGGCAAUCAGGGCUGUUGAUAUAUACUCGUCAUUAGCCUUGUUAUGUUCUUCAGUCAUUGCCUGCAUGUUGGCCAUCAUCGCAGCUCACAAAAAAAGUCACGUCCUUCUUGUUGGCCUCGUGAUGCUAGAGGUUCUCUUUACUUUGUACUCAAUAGCAUUUGCCUCUGUUGGGCUUGUUAAUGUGACCCGCUUACGAAAGCGUCAACAAAGUUUGCAAGAAAAUGAGACCAUGCAAGCAGAGCAACUGGAAAAUGCGUUAAAGAUCUCUCGACGCAUGCUGAUUGAACAGGCAAUAUUUGCUGGGCUGUAUUUCAUCAUCGCAGUGGCGCAUUGCUGCGCUGCAGCUUCAGUGAAUCACCUGCGCGCAACAGUCCGGCCAUUUGACAGUCGCCUACGAAGGAAGCGUCAAAGAGCAAGGGCCAUGAAGAAGUUGAACGUGCUGCCUCCUCCAAAGCAAGAAGGAACCAAAGGCGCCGGAUAUCAGGAGAGCAAGGCAGGAAAUUCUCCUGUAGACUUGCAGUUGGUACACUACAGCCGCGAGAGUCAAACGGAGGAACCGCCUAGCCAUAGCUUGCAAUCUGAUGAAGCUGGGGAUGGCACCGAGAGGCAAUCAGUCAGAAACACUGCAAGCAGUCUUGUGACGAGUAGUUCCUCCAGCGGCACAAGCAAUCAUCAAACUAUAGCAGAGAAUUCCGCAGAAACAUUGGAGGCACAAGAUAUUUCCUAG